UUUACGGACUUAAUCACCAUCGAACGGUUAAUUACGUUACAAAUAGACAAAAUAAAUGUCAUUAAGAAAUUAAUAUGAUAUCACAUAUUGACGAUGAAGUAAAACUCAUUGAUCAUUGGUGGUUAUCUGUUUUGUUUUUGGUUAUUUUGUCGAAUAGCUGCAAAGUUUCAGAGAAGCUUCAGGGAUGGGAGAUGAUUACUGAUACCAGUCUAGGUUUGACAAGAAAUAGGAAUCUUGAAAAUCUUUGAAGAUCCUAUUUGAUAAAAUAUGUGAAUCUCAAGCAAUAAAUUAAGGAAACGGUAAUUACCGUGUUGAUUACGAGAUAUAUUUGAAUGGCAGUCUGUGGCACAAAUUUUAUGGUAUUGAAUGUACGUAUUGGAUAAAGCGUCUGAGAUUAGAAAUUAUAUUCAAGUGUUUCAUCUUCUCACCCCUAUGCCGCCUACGUCAGUCGAUAUGACGUAGUCUGCUUAUUAGUUCAUUAGAAUGGCUCAAAACCAAGACUCUCAAUGGUCUUAUUUGAGAUAAUAAACGUUCUGUUCAAUAUACAGUCUGAGACAAUGUGUUUCUUUUUGUCUAUUGUUUUUAGACCGGUGGUUCUUUGGUAGUGAACAAAACAUUUUUUUAUUAGUAAAUACAACUCUAAACUGUCUGAGAACAGGAACCCUAAAAAGUGAGUCAACCUAUAGGUACAUAUCGUGAAACUCAUUUAUCACUCGACGAGUGGAUAACUUGCUAUCUGUGUUGUUACGGUACGAGGUUUCCUGUACUCUAUGACAGUGCUCGUUUUCGCUGAACAGUAUGGGUCGCUAGAAACUGAAAUUCGAUUUAUCAUAGCGUAUCGAAGAAUAGUUCUUGUUAGAUCUCCAACAUCAAAUAUUGUACAAUGCAGAAAACUACUGUAAAUUGUAUCGAUUUGUUUUGAUCCCCCCAGGAACACAAUGACUAUCCUUUUAACUGUGACCGGCACUGUAGAUAUAGAUAGCUAGCAAUAGAUACCUAAACUGAUGUUCAUGCGGUGGUGGCAAUAAUGGAAUAUUGGGAAGAAAGCGAACAAUUCAACAUCGCACGCGAGAGAGUCGCGAGUGUAGGAAUUUUAUUUGUACAGACUGCCAGUUUGUCGAAGUGCUAGUGUGAUUGAAGAACGCGCUCAAGUGGGACUUGAAGAAAGAUGAAACAAGCGUGCAGUAGAACAAGAACUGACCAUCCUCAAGUAGGCAAAUUAACCUUACGUUGUUUGUUGGUGCCUUCCAGUGUAGGUCAAGUGAGUUGAUGCUUGGAUAUGCAUCUAUCAUACGAUUAAACUACCGAGUGCUCGUUGAUACUUGAACUGACACUCAGGCUGCAUAUCGCCUAUGUUUGCAAUGAUAGUGAUCAAAGUGAAGAUAAAACAGUGCUGUGAAUGCUGGUAAAGGCAACGAGGGAGCAAGGCUGGUAGCAUCAAUUGUCUGGAUUAGAUACUAGGUGACACAGCGGAAGCCAACACAAUUUCGUCACAAUGGGAAACUACUGCAGUUCCGGGCAAACCAAGAAGGAUAAAGACAACGCUUCUGAAAAGUCAGAGGAAUCUCCCUCAUAUCAGCUAGUUGACAAGAGCAAAAACAAAUCCAACGAUUCAAAGGAAGCUCCAUUAGCAGCUCCUGAACCAAUAUCCGAUGGAUCUGGAACCGGUCCGGUAUCUAAUACAAACGGAGGCAAUCCAGCAGAUGCCAAUAAAGCUCAGCUGAAAUCAUUGCAAAAUGUGCAAUCUAUAACACUGUCAGAUUCGAAUUCUAACAGUCCUAUGGCUGCGUCACCUCCGUGUGAUAUCCCAGUAGUGCAACAGCAUCUGCCACACAAUUUAACACCGUUAUAUGGAAAGCCGACCACAAGUCGCCGUACGGACAAGUAUAAAAAAAUAGUGUUGUACAUAUUGGCGGCCGAUGAUGGAUACCAGACGGAAAAAACUGUUCUACGAGAAGUUUACAAAAAGUUGAAUCGAAGAUGCCAGAGCCGAGGGUUUGAGUUGCAUGUAUCAGAUCUGCACGUUCUGCAGGUGAAAGGCAGCAGUCUCGAUGUGAAUAAGUGGCUCGGAGGGCCACUGGAAGCUCAAGGCGGACAUGAUUUGGCAGCAAAUUGUCUGGCGGAGAUUGCACGUCAAUCGAGCGAUUCGUAUCUCAUACCGGUUCUGUUUCUGAGCUCAACGCUAGGUGAUCCAUUGCUGCCACUAACGAUCGAGAGUCAGGAUUUCGCAAUGGUCCUGCAAACAGCGGUAAAUGCGCCGGAGGAUCGUGCCAUUCUGGAGAAGUGGUAUACUCUAGACGAUAAAUCACAGCCAGCGUGCUACCGGUUGAAUGUGACUAAUAAUUCGAAUCUCACUGCUGAAGCAUCGGAGAAAGAGCUAUCAAGACUGUUGAAAAGCUUAAUAGACAUAUUCCCGAAAGAACUACGGGACUCCUAUUUAACAACGGUCGUUGAGCAGGAAAUCAACAACACCGUUCUCAUCAACCAGGAGUUAUCCAAGCGAUGCAUCUGGAUUCAGAAUUCGAUCGCUCCAUUAAAGGUGCCGGAAGAUGCCUCAUCCGUCGAUGCGGAACUGAUUCGAAGACUAGGGAAUAUUCAAACCGAGUUGAAAAACCAUCUUGCCGAAAAGCACAUUCUACGCAUUCCUCCCACUGCAGCUUCACAACAGGAACAGUUUGCCACUCAGCUAGAGAACUGUCUGUCGUCGGAAAUCGAUCUGAUAGUUGAUGAGCACACCACCAAAUAUUCGAUUCCCUUCUGUACGUACGGUGUAGAUCGGCGCCUGUUGAGUGAAGUGGAAGAAGUGAAUCGACACUCACGUGUUCUGAAUGAAAACUGCGCCAAUUUCACCGUUACCGAUAAGGUGAAGGAGUAUCUAGUGAGCAGUCGUCGGAAACCCCUGGUUAUCUAUGGGAAAACCGGUGCUGGCAAGAGCGUACUCGUAGCGAAGAUUUCCCAAAGUGUUCACACAUGGCUGCCGGAUUCCAAUCUAGUACUGAGAUAUGCCAACUUGACCACGUCGAGCUCGGAUGUAACCGCUCUCUUAGGAUCGAUUACGGAACAAAUUUCAGUGCUAGUGAAAGGGGAACCUACUCGAUGUUACCACACGAUUGAAUCUUACUCGGAAACACUGAAACAACUGCUUGAUAGCACCAAACAACAAAUAACAAUUCUGAUCGAUUCAGUGGAUAGUCUACGAGACUUCGAUGAUCUUGGAUGGCUACCGUUUGAGUUGUUGGAGAAUGUGAAAUUAGUGCUGACCGUCACAUCCACUUGUACCAGUCAAGACCUUAGUCAGCUGAAUUCCGAAGAUUCAGUGUUGAAACAGUUGAAGGAAAAGAUUGGUGAUGACGGAUGUUUCCUCCAGUUGACACCGUUCACUCAGGAACAGUGGGAGGAUGUUCUAUGCUUUGGCGGAGGGGACAUUUACUCGGCGAAUGGCGCUCUACAGUUACCUGAUAGUUGGAAAAAGUCGAACGAGAAAAUUUCCGUUCAGGCGAAGAUUCUCUGGUGGCUUGCCUGGUUAGGAGUUACGGACUUGACAGACACGUCGGUGUCGUACAUUAGUGAAAAAGUAUUCAUCAUAUUAGAGGAAAAAUUUACCGGCACCGUCACCCGGUUUAUCAUCUCUCUGUUGUUAGCAGCUCGCGAGGGUCUGUUCGAAACAGAAAUUAUUACGCUUAUUAGAAAUUCCAAUUUGGUUGCCGGAUCUACAACCAAACUAUGGACUCAGUUCUGCUGGAAAAUGGGACCAUUGUUUCUGCACAAUAAAAACAUUAUCGUGGUCGAUCGAACACUUCGAGUUGUAGCUAGUAAGCGGUAUGAAAGUCACAUUAAGGAUGCGCAUAAGAUAUUGUACGACUACUUUGAGAAGCUACCGAAUUGCUACGCCGAUAAAAAAGGAAAGGACACAAGUCUCAAUAUUAGAAAAUUUGUGGAGCUGCCGUAUCACAGGUACAAAAUGGAACCGAAUGAUGAAUCGUUUGCCAGGUCGAGCUUUCUGACCGAUCUGAGCUGGAUUCAUGAGAAACUAGUCGCAACCGGUUGUGUUAAUUUAUUAAAUGAUAUUUGUCUAGUAAAUUUAGCUGAUAGUAGUAGUAAAUCUGCGCAGGGUCAUCUUGUGUUGUUAGAGAAAUUUAUCGAAAUCCAUUUUAAGGCUCUGAAUUAUGACGGCGAACAAUUGUAUUCAUUGCUUUACAAUUAUAUUGACACGGAAAUUAAAGCCGAAGGAUCGGUAUUUGUUGGAAAUGAGGUGUUGAAAAAGUGGCUAGAUUUCAUUGAUUCCAGUACCGUUACCUACCUGCAAAAACUAGAACUUAGUGAGACCAAAGAGGUCAGGAAAGGCUCCCAGGCGGAGAAAAUGGUUGCUGGAUACGAUCUGAUUGUUAAUCUGAAUAUCGAUGGUUAUUUUGUGAUUUCGUUAAGCACUAACAGAGAGGAGAUCUGCGUGUGGGAUGUUGCAAAUUGUAGUAAGGUUCGAACGCUUUUGGGGGUGCCGCAACCGUCAGCGAUCUGUCCUGUAGGUGAACACGGAGUAGCGGUCUUGUGUAGAAGAGAAAUUCGAAUAGUCGAUUUAGAUGACGGGAAGUUCAAGGUAACCCUCAAGGGUGUCAUGAACCAAAAGAUGCCAUAUUUUGGACUUCACGAUUCAGCUCAUCUAGUCUGUUUGUCACGAAACCGAAUGUAUGUAAAUUUGAUGAACAUAGAGUCGGGCGAUUGCGUCACGACGUUUAAGGCUGGUGAGGACCGGUUUCUCAAUUCGUUGCUGGUGUCCGGAGAUGGAAGGAUUUUAGUUUGCGGCGAUGAGACGCAAAAGCCGUUCCCGUUACUUGUUUGGCAUUUAUCUCAGAAAAAGCUCCUUUAUGAUUUGAGGAUACCACACCAUGACUUUAUAACAUCACUGUCGGCAAUCACACACGAGGGAUCCUACGUUUGUGUAGUCGCCAAAGAGUUGGCAGAGCCUAGUCCAAACUUUAUCGUUGUUUAUGAUCUGCAGAGUGGGACUCUGUUCAAGAAAUGGAAACCUGCCUACAACACUGUGUCGCUGGCUAUAUCCCAGACAAAUACUUGCGUCAUUGCUGGUCUCGAAGAUGCGCGUAUUCUAAUUUGGGACUUGGUUACAGGAAAUUGUCGCUGCACUCUAACUGGGCAUUCGGCUCCUGUUACGCUUUUAAAGUUAGACCCGUCCGGAAAAGUUUUACUUUCUAGUGAUAAGGAAGGACGUGACAUGUCUGUUCGUCUGUGGGAGCUGGAUAGUGGAAAACCGAUGGCUGUGUACACCCCACAGGAAAAGAUUACAACGUGUGAGAUUUUAACUGGAGGUCGAUAUCUGGCCAUCGCUCUGGAAAACAGAGCCAACAUCGUAACGUUGAAGCUGCGCGGAGGAACUAAUCAGGGCGCGGAUGAAGCAGCAGAAACGGUUGGCUACGGAAAGCCAGAGAACACCGGGAAGGUGUUCGAUUUAAGACAGUAAAUAGGGUAGACAGUUAUUUUUGUUAUUUGUUUUUAGAGUUUGUUACGAGCGUAUGACACUCAGAAGUGUCAUACGAAUGUGAAUCUGAGCACACACAUAUGUAACUAUCGAUACCGGUCGAGCAGAUGCAUCUAACAGAAUUAUUCGAUAGAUUUCGAAAAAAAAUAUCCCAAAAAGACGUGUGUGUCGAAUCGUAAGAAAAUUUCACGGUAAUAUUGUGGCACCAAAGGCCAACGACGAACGACGAAUAGUUCUUGACUAUCUGUUCAAUUCCUAAUGCAGAUACCAAUGACUUGGCUAGUGCUGCGGCAUCAUUAAUCAUGAUGAUCCUUUCAGAUCAUGGCUAAGACACAUCAUACUCGGCUAUCAAGGCUUGUCUUAUGACCCUGGUCAGGUAAUAUUGGUCACGUACAUCGUAUUCGGUCCUAAUAUUGUUUUUUUUUCACAUUAUAUUAUCGCUUUUAUUGAAUUUCAUUUUGUAUUCGUGAAGAGUUUUAAACUUUUUUUCUACACCCUGACCUCACUGGAUUUACAAUGAACCCUGCUCACUAAUUGAUUGUCAAAUUUGUAAGAAAAUAAAAACAACAUAAUGCAAAGGAGACUUGUUCCAUCUUCGAUAAAUCAAAUUCAAAUUCAGCAAUGUAAUUUUGUAGAUGGCACAUGCGACCUCAGGAACUUUUUCGUAUGGGUUGCGCUAAGGGACCGUUCAUAAAACACGUAGACUCUUUAGGGUUGCAAAAGGGGGGUCUGACAAAAGUCCACGUUUGUCUACGAGGGGGCAGGGGUGGUUUUGACUAACGUCUACGUAGUUUCAUAAUUAUUUAUUUUAAUUUUUCAAGAAACUUAGCUUAGCUUAGUUAGCCGUCCGCUCGUUUUGUUCGAUUGAGCAAAAAGCCAGUUGAAUUUACAUAUUCAACCAAAUUUGAGAGCAGAAUUUCAAUUUGUCACCUUGACAGACUGACAAAAAAUCAUCGUCAACUGUAAUCUGUACUGUGAAAGUGAUUUUCAAAUGAGAUACUCCGUAGUUUAAUGACCAAGUAGAAGUAUACUCAGUCAAAAACAGCCGGCUUUUUUGUUUUGCCUCUCAUUCUUCUAUACCCUAUUGAAGUAAAAAAAUAAACGAGAGUACUAACAUAAACAUGAAUUGAUAAAGCUCAUUAUUCUUUGCAAAAAGUUAUCGGACUUUAAGUUUAUUGGAGUAAAUGAGUAAUUAAGUUUAUUGGAGUAAUUGAACAAAUUUCAAUUUUUUAUUCUGUCCGAUUUUUAUUUGGUCACAUCGUAAUCAAGCAGUGACCGGAGAAAUGAAGAUAAUGUCAAUGCUUCUUCAAUCAAUAAGCGUUCUAACGAGUGAAAUGUCCAGAGAAUUUUAGAAAUCGGUAAGUGACCGAUGUUAGUUAGAAAAUGAUCAGAUUUUAUCGCUCAUCCAUAGCCGAUCACGAACAAAAAAAUAGAAAAUUAUUAUGAAAUUAGGGAAGUCAGUAAUAUUUUUGUCUUUCUCAUAUAAAAAGGUUAUGCAAUCACUGUGAAAACCGACUUUCGAACUAAGGGCCGAGUGUCAUAUACCAUUCGAUUCAGUUCGUCAAGUAUUCAAAAUUUCUAUUUGUGUGUGUUUGUAUGUAUGUAUGUAUGUAUGUAACAUUUAUAUCCACGCAAUUUCUCAGAGGGGGGCGGCCCGUUUGACAUAAGGUCAUUUGGCAUGAUACCGUUUGGCAUAACGCUAUUUGGCAUAAUGGUUAUUUGGCAUAACGGUUAUUUGGCAUAAUGGUCUUUUGGCAUAAUGGUCAUUUGGCAUAAUGUCAUUUGUCAUAAUAAUAAAUGCAUUUGAAAAUUAUCGUUUGCGUUUCGAUCAAGUUAUGUUGUGCAAGGAAAACUAGAACUGCGGGCGUUUGCCCGGAUUACCCAAAGCUAGGAGCUAUCCCUUAGUUAAGUCCGAACGAGCGGCAGCGAGGUCGGACAGCAGGUCAUUAAAAACGAUGAGGCAUAGCCGCAUUAGACCUUUCAAAAUUGCAGUAAAUUAGAACAAUUUCUAUGAAGAAGCAUGUUCAUCUGUUAUGCCAAAUGACUGUUAUGCCAAAUGACCAUUAUGCCAAAUAUUCAUUAUGCCAAAUAACCAUUAUGCCAAAUAACCACUAUGCCAAAUGUUGUUAUGCCCAACGGUAUUAUGUCAAACGGCUUUAUGCCAAACGUGGUAGCCUCUUCUCAGAGAUGGCAGGACCGAUUUUAACAAACUUAGAUUCAAAUGAAAGGUUCUGUAGCCCAAUAUGAAGCUUCUGAAUUUCACUUAAAUCCUACUUUCGGUUCCGAGAUUAGUGAAAUUGGGUUUACUACUUAGUCACUUUCCUUAAAGAUGACGGACAACCUUUUUCAAACUAAGCUUCAAAUGAUCGGUUCAAAUUAUGGUCUCAUAUCAAACUCUUGAUUUUUAUCCGGAUCCGGUUGCGGAACUUCAGGGUGCAGAUUGAUAAAAAUUUAUACCGUUGCUCGGCGGUUAAGUAGAACACGAAUUUUAUUUUCUAAACUGAGGUCAACACUAUUUCAAUUGGUAGUCAUUGGCCAAACAAACCGAUUCCGACUAUCCUGGCAGAACUACAGAAUGGAAUCUCCGAUUGCUCAGAGAUGACUAAACCAGUUUUAAUAAACCUAAAUUCAAAUGAAAGAUUAUAUAAUCCUGAAGGUGGCUGUUGAAUUUUAUCCGGAUCCGACAUCCGGUUACGGUAUUGGAAAGUACCAAGUGUUGACAUUUUCAAAGUGACGAUGCAAAGAACGUAAAAUAUCCCAAGUAACCAGAAGUUCCACAAUUACUAAAAAUAUCCACUUUCUUGCUGCUUAAAAGUACACGCGGAACUUUUGAGAACUUGAAAGUACAUAAAAAGUUCCGCGUGAACUUUCUAGCUGCUUAAGAACACACGUGGCAAUUUUUGACAGUUAGAAGUAUAGAACAAGUUCCGCGUGAACUUUCUUGCUACUUAAGAGUACGCGUGAUACUUUUGGCAACUUGACAGUACAGAACAAGGUCCUUGUAAACUUUCUCGCUGUAUAGAAGCUGAACAAUGUAUUCAAGUGUGGAUAAUUACUUAAAAAAUGGGCUGCUUAGAAUGCUGUUGAUAAACUUUGAAAGCUGCUUAAGCAAAAUCAGUCCCUUUUAUCCGAACUUUUGGUUAGUUGGGAUUUGCGAUACGGUGGUAGAAACUGUUCCAAUUUGUAGGCCCUGUUAGCGGACGGCUAAAUGGACUGGCUUUCACUAUACUGGGUCCCGGUUUUUACUGGAUCUGGAAGUACCGGAAAUAGUAGUCAAAAACUACCAAUCGGAACUCACUUCGAUCUAUCUGAGAAGGUAGAACCGGCUUAGAUUCAAAUGAAAGAUGUUAUAAGUUGCUAUUGAAUUCCUUCCGGCGAACUUACGGUUCAAGAAAUAUAGUCUCAAGAAAAAUGUCGCAGGCUUAACAAAGAGAGAACGAUUUUUUUGGUUCAAAAUGAACUUUAUUCAUUCACGUAAUCUCCGUAGUUUGCCUCAAAAUAGGCCUCAGUUUCAGCGAUAACCUCUUCAUUCGUGCAAAAUUUCUUACUGGCGAGCAUUUUGUUCAGCCAGUAGUCUUACUCUUACUCUUUCAGUCUUAGACCACGCGGGUCUCUGCUGUAUACAGGAGGCGUCUCCAUUCAACUCGGUUCAUGGCUGUUCGCCGCCAGCCUCGGUAGCUGCGAAGGGUCCGCAGGUCGUCCUCAAUUUGAUCGAUCCAUCUUGCCCACUGCGCGCCUCUUCUUUAUAUACCGGUCGGAUUAUUAUCGAGAAUCAUUUUAACCGGGUUGUUCUCCGACAUUCUAACAACAUGCCCGGCCCACCGUAACCGCCCGACCUUGGCCGUUUGGACGAGGGUUGGUCCUGCCAGCAACUGGUGCAGUUCAUUCGCCUUCUCCACGUACCGUCUUCCAUCCGCACUCCGCUGAAGAUGGUUCGCAACACCUUCCGUUCAAAAACACCUAGUGCGCGUUGAUCCUCCGCAAGCAUUGUCCAGGACUCGUGCCCGUAGAGGAUAACCGGUCUAAUCAGCGUUAUGUAGAUAGUUAACUUCGUACGACGGCGAAUUUUGCUCGAUAGAAGCGUCCUGCGCAGUCCAAAGUAAGCGCGAUUUCCUGACAAUAUGCGUCUCUGAAUUUCUCUGCUGGUGUCAUUAUCGGCAGUCACCAGUGAGCCCAAGUACACGAACUCGUCGACCAUUUCGAUUUAAUCACCAACAAUCAAAACUCGUAAUGGGUGGCUGACGUUAUCUUCUCUCGAGCCCCUGCCUUUCAUGUACUUUGUCUUUGACACAUUGAUGUCUAGUCCGAUCCGCUUGGACUCAGCUUUCAGUUCGAUGUACGUAUCUUCCAUCUUCUCAAAGUUGCGUGCUAUAAUAUCAAUAUCAUCAGCGAAACCAAGUAGCUGGACGUACUUUCUGAAAAUCGUGCCACUCGUGUCUAUCCUCGCUCUUCUUAUCACACCCUCCAAAGCAAUGUUGAAUAGCAGACACGAAAGGCCAUCACCUUGCCGUAGCCCUCUGCGAGUUUCGAAGAGACUCGAGUUGAUCCCCGAUACUCGAACAACGCACAUCACUCGAUCCAUCGUAGCCUUGACCAAUCGUAUCAGUUUAUCCGGGAAUCCGUAGUCGUGCAUGAUUUUCCAUAGCUGUAAGUUCUACGACCAGUAGUCGCUGGGAGCCAAAUCUGGCGAAUACAGUGGAUGUGGGAGCAAUUCGAAACGCUGCAGUAACGCUAUAUAAUAGAGCCUUCAAACGCUCCGAUGACGCUAUAUAAUAGUCAGUGUUAAUGGUAUUUCCUUCUUCAAUAUAGUCGAUAAAUAUUAAACCACGUACAUCCCAAAAUACCAAGGCCAUAACCUUUCCAGCCGAUUGUUGUGCUUUCGGGCGCUUUAGACGAGGUUCACCAGUUGCUGUCCACUCAGAUGACGAUCGUUUUGAUUCCGGAGUGAAGUGAUGAAUCCAUGUUUCAUCCAUUGUCACUAUCGACGCAAAAAUUCCGGUUUGUUACAUUUCAACAUGGUCGAACACUGUUCAGAAUCACCAACACGUUCUCGUUUUUGGUCAACAGUGAGCAAAGCUUGCUUAUAGUCAAAAUGCUCAUGCAAUAUAAAGCCAACACGUUCUUUUGAUAUCUUUACGAAGUCAGCUAACUCACGCAACUUCACUUUUCGAUCAUUCAAAACACUUUUGUGGAUAUUUUUUUUUGUUUUCUGGUGUUACCACCUCAUUUGGACGUACACUACGUUCUGCGUAAUCGGUGUCUCUACGACCACGUUUGAAGUCAACAAAUCAACAGUUUAUUGUUGUUUCUGUUCGAGGCUCCAUAACAUUUUUCGAGCCAUUGCUUCGUAUUUUUCUCAUCAAGAAGCAGUGUAAAAUUAAAACACAAAAUUGUUAUUUAUCUAUUGUUUUGAAAAUAACAAAAGUAGCGUAACUCUUAGCACUAUGACUCACCAGCUAAUGAAAAAAAUGUCAUGAAAUUGUUACAGCUUCUUUGAAAGGUUAGUAUUAACUGAAAAACGUGAUUAAUCCACCUAGCAGUGAGAUGAUACCUUUUUUUUAUCAAUCCGCAUGUGUUUUUUGCAUGAAUAUUCUUCGGUGUUUAAGUUUUCAUUACAUUAUUUUAAUGACCGUCGUUUUAAGCGACAAUUUGAGAUUGUAAUCACUCAUUACUCUGUAAUGUCGAAACUGCAAAUACAAUCGAAUUUAAAUCUAGAAGUGUGAUAAUCGAUUAAACAUGCCAUGAUAUGUAAGUUCCACUUUAGAGUUUACGGUAAUUUAAGGUACUUCCAGAGCCGGUAUUCAGGAACCAGCAUAACCCAAACCGAUUCGUAUGGCCAUAUGACGAAUAAAUUACAACAGUUUUGAGUCCAACUUUGAAGCUUUUCGGGAUUGUCAUCUUCUAUAUCGGUUUGAAUUUUAAAAACUCAUCAUCAUGUAAUUCGAGAACCGGAAGUCAUAAUUGCAUAAAUUAAUUAAUUUUUGUAUGUAUGUAUAAAAUUUAUUAAUUUUGUAUAUAAGUUUAUUUAAAUUUGAAUUUUUGUUUCUGAAAUUUGAUUAGGCUUUUUUGAGAAAACGAUUGAGCUUUGAGAAACGAUUUUAUACUGGAACCGGAAUUCUAAAAUCGGUAUGGCCAAAGUCAGAUAAAUUCACCUGAAUAGCUGUAUAGUUUACAUUUGUUUCAAAAUAUUUGAAAAUCAGUGAAGACAUCUUUGAGAAAUCAUAGCACGAAUUAAAUUUUUAGGUGCCUUCUGAAUCGACAACUGAAUACCACUAAAACUGAAAAAAGUUAUUUUUUUUAUCGACUAUCCAAAUCUGAUAACCCGAUAAACCUGAUUAAUUUAUGUGGGAUAGACAUUUUUAUACCAAUCACCCUGUAUCCCCUAAACCGGAAGUUUGAUCUGACUAAAGAGCAAGAUGUUUUAAAGAAUCUUGAAACUUUUCAUUUGCAUCUUAGAUGAUUCUUAGAUUUCAUUUGAAUCUUAAAUCGGUUCAGCCAUCUACGAGAAGAAUGAGUUACACAAUUUUGAUUUCGUUUCAUAUAUCAUCCUGUAGUUCCGGAACCAGAGGUCGGAACCAAACAUAAUUCAGGAACUUUGUUUGGGAGCAUACGAAUUUUCGUAUGAAUCUGAAUUUGUAGAAAAGAAAUUUUGAGAGAAAAUUGAGUGAAAUUAUUUGUCACACACGCAUUUGCUGAUCUCGACGAACUGAUUCGAAUGGUAUAUGGAUGUUAUGUUCUUCCAGCAUUUAUUGCUGUAAGUAGUUUAAAACAAUAUAAUUAAAAAAAAAUCUGCCAUCAUCUGGUUUAUAUAUGUCAUAUUCGAACGAUUAUGUUGCCAAAAACGAGCCGUGCUAAAAUCGGUCCGAGGCAAAUUGUCAUGAAAAAGGAUGCUGUACACAGUCUUUUUGGUACUUAGAAACAAUUGUAUGUAACAGAAUAAAAAAUCGUGUUUUCCGUUGCUCCCAAUCAUUGCUUUGUCAUACAGCGCUCAAAACUCCUACUGCUGGAAUAGGGGGAAAAGUCGUUUACACAAAAAUUUCGAUAUCUCCGUUAAAAAUGGACAGAUUUUAACAAUCUAUGGCUUGUUGGAUAGGUAUUAUCGUGCGGAAUCUAAGUCUGAAAACAUAUUCUGUUUUCAAGGUCAAUUGUGACAGAUACUGACAAAAAAAAAUUUUGACAUAAAACUUCGAAUAACUCAAAAAGUAAACAUCUGAUCUCAAAACCAUUCAAUAGCGUUUUGGGUGACGGGGAGACCUUUCAUUUGCGACUAGUUUUAUCAAAAUCGGUUCAGCCAUCUCUGAGAUCUCGACCUCUUAGUUGACAACACACAUACAGACACACACACAUACACACACACACAGACAUUUGCUCAGUUCGUCGAGCUGAAUCGAUUGGUAUAUGUCAUUCGGCCCUCCGGGCCUCGGAAAAAUUUUCGAAAGUUUGAGCGAAUUCUAUACCUAUUUUUUAUAUAUAAAAAAAAUGGUAAAAACGGUGACUGCAAUAAAACUAGCGCCAUCUAUGUGUUAGGUGUUAGUAUGCCAAAUAAAGCGAUGGCUCUAAUAAUGUGAUGACCAUUGGUACCAUAAUUUCGUUUUUGUUGCAAUUUUUUUUAAAUAACGGAUGUACGCCUCCAGUAUUGUCGUAAAGUUGCGUGGACAAAUUUCCGGAAAAUGUCAGUCCGCAAUUCUUCAUUGGUCUGUAGCAUGUAGCAUAGCCAUACAAAAAUAUUUAAGAUUUUUGACGCACACUAGUCUGAACAUGCUAAUAACUAGAUUGAAAUGACAAGUGAUUGAACCUUCCAAAUAUCGACGAAGGAAACAAACGAUUAGAUAUUUUGUAUUUGUAGAAACCCGGUUAUCUGUAAUAUGAUAGGAGCAACUGAACGAUAGUCGGAUCGAGAGCGUACCAUGUACUAUGAUAUAAAUUACCGGAUCCCACGCGAAAUACGAUUACAAUUUUGUGUAAGCGAAUUAAAAAUAACACAGCUAAUUAACUCACUUUUUAUUAUUGCGGUAUGGGCCAGCAAAUCGAUUAGUACUCUGUAGUUUCACAUAGAAAGCACUUUCACAAUUGAACGAUUUUGCUGCAAAACAUUUGUCAUGGCGACAAAGAACUUUGUGAAUAGCUUCUUAUAAUGUAAUCGUACGAUGAAAUAAUAGCAGAACUAAACUGAAGAAUGUUAAAUAAUAUCAGACCUACAUUCGGUAACGAAAUUUAGCCCGGCGAAAACAAAAUCGACUAUUAUAUUCAAUAGCAGCAAACUAGUGCGAUAGAAACAUUCGAAAUACAAGAAAACAAAAUAACAGAUUCAUACUUUUAAGAAUGUGUCUAAACAUAAUCAUUAGAAAUAAGAAAUCUAAGAUUGGUUUGCGUAUGUGUGAAUUUUGCUGUCGAACAUCGAAGCAACCAAUUCAGUCAAAUAGUUUAUGGAACAAACCAUAAACUAAAGAACGAUUUCGAGCACAGUGUGUACAGAACCAGAGUGUUGUCGAAUCAUGUAGAGUGACCAUUGUCGUUUCCACCGUAAGCACAUAGCAGUGGUAAUGUUGAUUUACCUAAUGUUUACAAAAUGCACAAUUUUUUUCUGUUGCAACACUAGCAUAUGAUUAUGCAAUUGUUUGUUUCUAGUAUUUUUACUAUCUUCCUUUUUAGAAGAUGCGUUAAUGUUAGGCUUCCAUUAUGUGUUAGUGAAAUUGAAUUUUUAAUCUUUAUACUACUUUAAGUCGCACAAAAUUUGUAGCUUUUAUAAUGUAUUUCUUCCUACUGAGUGAUCGUUUCAAGUAAAAACUCAAGCUAAGAUGAUUGAAGUUAUAUAUUUGUUUUCUAUAAUUUAUCUACAAACUACUAAAAAUUGUGUCACACAGCGCAGAAUUUAUGCUUACAGAACCAGUAUAAUUAGCCAACUUGGUUUGUAUUCAUUUAUUUAACAUAAUGCUUAAUUGUUACCUCGAAAAAAAAACUGGCUGAACAUGCUAAUUUCUCAUACAUGCUGUUGUAAUGGUCGUGUGCUUUUUAAGUUUAAACAAAUACCAUACCAAUGUCAAAAAAGGGAAACUACCGAACACACAAAUAUAAAACUGAUGAAGAAACCGGAAAUACCAAAGCAUACCUUAGUUGAGAAAAGAGGAAAUUAUGUAGUGACAAAUAAAAACCAUUAACUGAGCUCAUCUGGUAUGAGGGAUAAGGCUGGUCCUUUAAAACCAAACAAACAAAUCGUUAGGCAAACAAUGAUCGUAGUGUUUAAUUAUUAAAAUCUUAGCGUCAACUGAAAUGGUGAAGAGUUCGAAACACCCAAAAGCUACAAUCAAGCCGUUACGUAUAAGACUUAAUUCAGUGUAUUUUUCUCACUUUUCAAAGGUUAAUCCAGCAAACAGAAUGAGAGCAAUGACCAAUGCAUUUCACACUAGAGUCCGAUCUUUGUUUCCCUUGUUACCAAACAAUGUACCAUAGCAACAAAUGACAACAACUAGCCUUUCGGCUGAGCAUCCAUCCUUAGGACCACGGAUGUAGCUAGAAUCAAUCUAUGUAAUCAUUCUCUGUCAUAAUAAAAGCGGAUCAUAAAAAGUGGAGUGAUGAACCGACCAAAAUUGAUGAUUCAGGAGAGCUGAAAAUAUCACUGGAACGCAAGAAAUUUGACCAAUUUGAAAUAGGACGUGACACCUGUAGUUGCAAACACACAAAUCUUUACAGAAAAUCUGUGCUGAUGGAAACGUUCAAAAUCUAAGCCAUUUUUGAUGUAAACUCUUUUAAGUCAUAUUUAUUAUAUUUGUUACUUUUAAUUUGUAUGUGUGUAUUAUUAUAUAACAAGAACAUAGAUUCUGAGGAAAUUAUAUAUACAACAACAAUGCUAUCGAUGCUACCGAA